AUGGCGGUUUCUCGACGCCCCAAUGGCCGUGAACGACGACACGUCAUGGUCUUGGCCCGCAAGUCCAGUGAACCAGCUCCUUCUCGUAUAUGUAUCUUGAAUUUUAAUGAGAUUAUAUUUAUUUCAAGUCUUCUUUUCAGUGAGCGUAUGCCGCAAUGCCGCAAGAAGGAACGUGGGUAG